AGUACGACAUUCCGGUAAGGAGGCCAUUUCGUUUGUGGCUUUCAGAGGGUUUUGUAAACCCCAAACCAUAUAAAUUCCCGGAGGAUGUGGUACAAGAAAACUUUGAUGAUCUAGUCAAGCGGAGCUUGAUUCAGAUAUCCAAAUUUAGGUCUGAUGGCAGUCCCAGGAGAUGUCGGUUACUAGGCGUUCUCCAUGGCUAUCUGUUGCCUGAGGCCCAGAACAUCAGGUUAUUCCAUGUUCACUGCAGUACAUGUAGCACAGAAGAUUCAGUUCCCUUGAAUGUUAGAAGGCUUGUUGAGCAUGCAAGCAGUAAGAAUAUUUAUAGUGAUGCUUCCCAGUUUGAACAUCUUCGCUCUUACUUAUCAUUCAAUUUCCAGAGGAAAGACAUCCCAGCCAAGGAAGUAGGCAUCCUUCUAAGUCGCGUAAUUACUAAGGGUUUCGUAUUGCUGAGGGUGCUUGACCUGGAAGGAGUGUAUAAGCCAAGUUUACCUGAGAAUCUUGGUGAUUUAUUUCACUUGAGAUACUUAGGAUUAAGAUGGACUUUCUUGGAUGCUCUUCCCUCGUCCGUUGGUGACUUGCCAUAUCUUGAGACAUUAGAUGUGAAGCACACUAACAUAAAUAACUUACCCACCUCCAUGUGGAAAUCAAAGAAAUUGCGGCAUCUCAAUCUCAGUCACAUCCGUCUUGACAUGCCAAAGCAUUCAGAUACCGAUUCUUUGCCUACACUCCUUACACUGUGGGGAUUGUCUGUAGAUGAUGAUAGCCCAGUGAAGAAUGGACUGGAUCGGUUGCGUAAUCUUAGAGAGGCAGGCAUUACUUUCUGUUUAAAGAAUUGUGACCACCUUCUCAACUGGAUUUCAAAUUUAACUUCUCUUCAAUCAUUGAGGUUACGAUCCAUAAAUGAUGUAGGACAUCCAUCACAUUUUGGUGACGAGCCGUUGUCUCUGUCGAGUCUGAGCAAUCUUUCCCACCUAAACUUGCUAGGUAAAUUACCAAAUCUGCCUGAAUACUUACCUGAAGGGCUUAAAGUAGUCACAUUGUCUCUUUCAAAGCUGACAGAGGAUCCUAUGCCGAUUCUUGGGAAACUUGAGCAUCUUAAUGUCCUCAGGCUUCUAGCUGAUUCCUAUAUGGGGAAGGAAAUGGUGUGCCCUCAGGGAGGAUUCAAAGAGCUUCGGGUUCUAAAGAUUUGGAAACUGAAGAACUUGGAAAAGUGGAACGUGGAGGAAGCGGCAAUGGAGAAGCUCAAAGAGAUAAAUAUCCGAUGCUGUAAUAAACUGAUGAGCAUUCCCGAAAGACUGAGGAAAAAAAAAAGUCUCAGGGAAUUGAUCAUAACCAACAUGCCAGAAGAGUUCAAACAGAAUGUCCAUCAGUUCAUGAGGCGUUGGGAUUUGAUUCUCACUUUCAAAGAUUAUGAUUUUACCCCCUUGCCGUGGGAGCAUGCUGAUCAUACUUCUGAUGAAAGUCACACCAACGAGUAGCUUGCUAAGAUUCUGAACAGUGAAUCUCCAAGGCUUCUUCAAUCAGAGCUGUGUUACCAUUCAUCAUCGGUUAUCAGAUUCAAACUCUUGAUGCUAACAAGUAGUUAGCUACUGGGUAAGCAAUGCUUCAAUAAUUUGCACUUCAGUUUCACCUGAUGCAUUAGUUAUGUAUUUUAAGUCUACUCAGUGAGGCCCUUAUUAU